AUGUUGCGCGCAUCCCUCACCAAGACUGUUCUCAACGCUGCCCCCCGCGCCAGUCGCAUCGCGGCUAGGCCGGUGCUUGCUCGCGGAUACCACGAGAAGGUCAUCUCUCACUACGAGCAGCCGAGAAAUGUGGGAUCUCUGCCCAAGAACGAUGUUGAUGUUGGCACUGGUCUCGUCGGUGCACCUGCUUGCGGAGAUGUCAUGAAGCUCCAAAUCCGAGUAGACGAGAGCGGCAUCAUCUCCGAUGUCAAGUUCAAGACUUUCGGAUGCGGCAGUGCGAUUGCUUCCAGCUCCUACAUGACGGAGCGAGUGAAGGGUCUGUCGCUCGAGGAGGCCGAGAAAAUUAAGAACACGGAGAUCGCAAAGGAGUUGUGUCUGCCGCCGGUUAAACUCCACUGCUCAAUGCUUGCAGAGGAUGCCAUUCGCUCUGCUAUCCGGGACUACCGCUCAAAGCGGGCCACCGCCUCUAACCCCAAGCAAGCCGGUUUCAUCGAUGUUACGCAAAGUGCAGUGACUGGGGAGACCACGGCAACUGCGCAUGCACCUUCGGCUUAA